AUUUCAAGAGGAGGGUUUUGUUUGUUGUCCUUGGAUUAAUAAUUAUCGGAACAGUAUCCCAUUAUAUAAGUCCAUAUAACUGGCCAUCCAGUACAAAGCUACCACCAAGAUUUCGUAAUGGGUUUCCUCUGCAUUCUAUCCUGUCUGGCUUUAUUCACUGCCGUUCAUGGUAAGUUCUAUGGUGCUGCCAUUUUUAAUCAUUUGAAUAUUUGAGUAUUGGGACAUAAUCUUAAAGAAUGGAAUCUCUCACUUAUUUGCUGAGGACAUUUUGACUUUUGGACAGUCUUAAAGUAAACGGAGUUCUGCUUCAUAUUUAAAUGAAAAUGAUAAUAGGUGAACAUAGUUAGCAUAAAUGUAGACAUUUUCUUUCAUGUGCACAUUUUCUGUGUUUGAGGAAAAGAGUGGUUUUAAUUGUUCUUAUUCAUUUUGUAGGUUGAUAAAUAUUGCAUAAUGUCUCAAUACAUUUUUAUUUCAAAUAAUCUUCUGUCCAGAGAAUUAGGUUUUAAAGAGUGGAGCCAUUAUCUAUUUUUUAUUUAUUUAUUUGUAGGAACAUUUUAAAGUAGAUUUUUUUUUAUAGCAAGAAUAACUUGAGAAGUAGAGCAAUGCAGUGUUUUUUAUUUUAUUUUUACUUUCCUCCACUAAUGUUGGUUUACCCCUGGGAUAGUGAAUAAUAGCAAGAAUAGAGAAUUCAUGAAUGGAAUAAUUUUUUUAUGGUCCACAUCUCUGAAGCAAAUGUGAGCAUGUUGCUCAUAUUGAAAAGCAAGUAGAUAUAGAGAUACAGACUGCAGAGGAAGAUUGACAAUACUGAAAAGGGUUAGAGAGAACAUUUAGAAGCAUAGGAGCAGAUAAGUCAGUUAGUGAACAGGAGGAACAAUAGAUAACUGGGUUACAGUUAGUUGCUGGGGGAAGUUUGUGAUCAAUUCCAGUUUUUUCCAUCCCAGUAGUUUUUGUAAAGAUAUUUGGCAUAUCAUUUUAUGGCUCACAAUAUUAGAGAAGGACAUUGUUCCUUUUAACAAGGACAAUGUACAGGAUUGUUAUAUAUACUGCUUUUGAUGGCAUGAUGGUUAAUAUUCCACUCUGAUUGCUUCUUCCGAAUAUUUUGUUUGGAAAGUGCUUGGCUUUUGCAUGUUGCUGAUAGCAUGAUAGAUUGGAUAUCUAUUAAUAAACAGGACUAUACAUAGGACACUAUUAAGUGGGGCAGAUUAAAAAAUAAUAAUAGUACCAAAUGGACAUAUAUGUAUGAAAUAUGAGUACUAGGAAUUGGGGAAAGGUACAAUUCUGUUUGUACUAAAAUCUAGUGGGGAAGUGUAGAUGGACAUACAUACAAGCAACAAGGCAUAAAUUAUGGCACAGUAUAAAAUAUAAAUGAUGACAGUAAAAACAUAAUGAAAAAGUAGAAAUAAAAUAAAGUAGACAUAAAUAAAACAAAUAUUUGUGAUGUAAGCUUGUACUGUUAAAGGGGGUUGGGGGGACUUAUGUAAAUAGAUAAAAUGUAGAUUAAAGUAAAUUAAAAUAAAAUUGAUAAAAGGUGAUAAAAAUGGGAUGUUAUAUUAAUAACUCAAUAACACCCCGGAUAUCUCCUUGCGCUCUCUUUGGCAAGCCCACAAGCCUACCAUUAGGGGACUACUGCUUAGCCAAGCCUCAUUCCUAAAACACAAAGCUGACAAAACAAAUCGCAUAAAUGAAAUUCAUCUAUCCAAAACAACCCACACACUCCGACACACUCCGACACCUGAAAAUUACAAAUUACCCUGUGGGGAACAAAGCAGGGGAAACACUUGCAACAAUGUUAAGAAAGAAACAAACACAAUCCAAAAUACCAUACCUAACAACAAACACUUAUAAAAAGUUAUAUAACCCCCAAGAUCUAAACAAUGAAAUGGCCACCUUCUACCAUGCCCUAUACAACCUCAAAAAUGAUAACACUCACCACCCAACUACCUCAAAGACUGAAGACCUCCUGGACCUCACGUCCCUACAGUCACUAACCCCACAACAGGAGAUACUACAAAGUCAUAUUGAAUACUGCAAAAUUUCCCAGAUCAUUGCAUCCCUGCCACCGGGUAAAUCACCUGGGCCGGAUGGCCUCUCAAACUUGUAUUAUAAACUCUUCUCUCACAUCCUCGCCCUGAGAUUAGAAUCAGUAUACAAUCACAUAAUAAAAAUGGAAAACAUGCCGCACGAGAUGCUGAUGGUGCAUGUGGCCACUCUCCCUAAACCAGGGAAACCUCCCACCAAAGGCAAAAAUUUACGACUGUUCUCACUGCUUAAUAUGGAUACUAAACUACUUGCCAAAAUAUACUCCAACAGAUUAACCCAAAUUAUCCCCACGAUCAUUCAUGCAGAUCAAGUGGGGUUCAUGAAUGGGUGCCAGGGCGCUGAUGGUACCACUUUGUUAGGAGGGAGGGACCCUGAGUGUAUACCUUUCACUCGAUGCAGAAAAAGCCUUUGAUUGGCUCCACUGGCCCUUCUUCCUCGCGCUCCUAGAGAGAUUUGGGUUCCCCCCAAAGUUCAUCUCUCUGGUGAAUGCACUCUACUCUCAUCCAUCAGCAGAAGUAGUCAAUGGAGGCUUCAUGUCCCGCAGCUUUAUGAUUACCAAUGGCUCACGACAGGGCUGUUCACUCUCCCCCAUCCUCUACAUUUUGGCAUUAGAACCCUUGACCCAGCUAAUUAGAGACAAUCCCAACAUACAUAGGGUUAAGAUAAAAAACCAAGAGUAUAAAUUAAUAGUAUAUCGUCUGUGAAUAAGGUUAACAAUUAAACAACCCAACGUCUCCCUCCUGAACUUCCACAAUAUACUCCUACCAUACAGCAAAUGCUCAUAUUAUAAAUUCAACCUCUCAAAAAGACAGGCUGUUGGCAUUAAUAUUCCCAAAUACACACUGACAAACUUACAAAGCACAUUUGCAUACGAAUGGCGUACCGACUUCUUGAAAUUUCUAGGUUUAGCCAUAACACCACAGAUCUCUGGCCUCCUCAAGGCAAAUUAUCUAAGCCUGCUAACUGACAAAAAACAAAAAAACUACAGGGUUGGAAAGGGAAAUUUAUAUCGUGGACGGAUAGAAUAGCAGCCAUUAAAAUGUUAAUCAUCCCGAGGUUCCAGUACUUAUUCCGCACCCUACCGCUCUGGCUCCCAAACCGAUACUUUCGGGAAGCACAGUCACUUAUUAAUAACUUCAUAUUGAAUAACUCGAAGCUAAGAUUAGCUAAAUCUACCUUAUACAAACCCUUCUCACAAGGUGGGAUUGGACUACCGAAUACCAGGGGUCAUUAUAAAGCAGUCAUAAACAGCAAGUAGCCACCGAAAACUUCCCAUUGGCUUGAUAUCGAAGUAGCCUUCACCAAUGAUAUUACUCUUACAGCGCUAGCAUGGAUGCCCAAAAAGUUGAGACCCAAAACUAGAGACAUACUCCCAAUAACUAGACUCACACUCUGUCAUGCUCUCAAUCAGGUCAGGUGGGAGACGAUUGCCAGAGUUGACUGAAGUGGCUUUAUUUGUAGCUUUUGAAAUUACAACAGUAUAAUAAUUUGUAGAAUAAAUAAUAAGGAGAACUAGAAAAGCUACAAUUUCUGGGGAAAUUGUGUGAAGUGUUCUUGCCUCCACCAGUAGUCUACAACUGGAGUGGGCGGAGUAACUGUUAUCAUUUAUAUAGCACAUUUAAUUGCAACGUUGUUGCACAGUUACAUUAAACCAUACAUUUAUAAAAACAUUAGCAGAUGUUCAAAAGGCCCUGUCUAUGACAUCACUUGCUGCUGCAGCCUGGCACAGGUCAAAGUAUUUUGGCGGUUGCCAUCUUCAAAUGGUCGUAUUUUAAAAACUAUAAAUCCUACGGUGAAGAGCUUUAUAUUGUGAGAAUCACAAGAACCAGCCCUACAAUUUGAUGCAUAGUAUGUCUCUGAAGUAUUAAAAAUGAAGGCACAGUCGCAGUUUAGAAAUUGCACUUCAAAUUUGAGCUUUGUAGGGUGAAGUUUCAAUGAAUGUCAAUGGACGGCGUUAGUAAAGGCCUCUUGCUUUGUUGGGUGUUGCCAUUUAUAGCAAAACUGUAUUACAUAGGAUACAGGUGAGUAUGAGGUGACUAGUGGCUAGGUAGGCCACUGGAGGUGAAAACCAGGAACUGUAUUUAAAGGGACGCUAAUAAACAGAAAAGUCUUGCUUGUCAAUAUAGGAACCUGACACACUCCAAAUAUGGGGUCAAUUCUAAGCCACACAUGCUUUACACAAGGGGAUCUCGCUUGCACUUCCCCUUGCUGCGCUACCCUCCCUCAUCCCAGACUUUAACCAUAAAAUAUGGCAUAGACACAGCAUCACACACCUCUACAACAUAUUUCAAGGGACCAGUUUAUGAAACUUUGAGGAAUUACAGAAACAAUAAGGACUGCCCAUACGGCAACAUUUUCACAUACACAAAUGCUCUCAUGGUCAAAAAAAAACAAAAACUAUUCUGUCACUUGGUAUUGUAAAUGGCAUACAGCUGACAGACAUAGAAAGAAUAUGAACAAAGGGGUAAAUCUAUACUGUAUCAAAUACUAGUGUAGAUUAAAGGGGUAGCACAAAAAUCAUGAACCAUACAACCUGUAUAUAAUACAACACAGUUCUUCAAAGAAUCUAGAAUAUGAAAGAAAUCACAUAAUAGUGAAGCAUGUACAGAGAUAUAUGAUUCAAUCCCGUAGGUAGAGAACUUACAAGACCACACUGUAGAUCUGCGCUUAUCUCCCUUCCAUAGGGUAUAUAAAUAGCGUUUCCUUUCUCAAUAGACUUGUAUGUGUAGACCAAAGGCAUAGAUUCAGAACACCCAAUCCUCAAAGGAAAAGAGGUAUAUAGAGCAGUAUUGCAAAAACAGAGAUGAAUUUAUUAGUACAAAUUGCACUUACAUCAAGUGAAGAUUAUAGCAGCAUAUCACCACUCACAAGUGGUACCAAGGAGAAGGAGUCCCUCUAUGGUAGUGUAAGAAAUAUAUGUAAUAAAAAUAAACUUUUAUCCCUGAAGAAGUCUACAAGACGAAACGCGUUGGAUAUUGAUCAGAAACAUUUAUUCUUUUUUUGUUAUUUUAUUGUUUCUCUUAUUGUUUUUAUUAUAUUUAUAUUACAUAUCUUUCUUACACUACCAUAGAGGGACUCCUUCUCCUUGGUACCACUUGUGAGUGGUGAUAUGCUGCUAUAAUCUUCACUUGAUGUAAGUGCAAUUUGUACCAAUAAAUUCAUCUCUGUUUUUGCAAUACUGCUCUAUAUACCUCUUUUCCUUUGAGGAUUGGGUGUUCUGAAUCUACGCCUUUGGUCUACACAUACAAGUGUAUUGAGAAAGGAAACGCUAUUUAUAUACCUAUGGAAGGGAGAUAAGCGCAGAUCUACAGUGUGGUCUUGUAAGUUCUCUACCUACGGGAUUGAAUCAUAUAUCUCUGUACAUGCUUCACUAUUAUGUGAUUUCUUUCAUAUUCUAGAUUCUUUGAAGAACUGUGUUGUAUUCAUGAUUUUUGUGCUACCCCUUUAAUCUACACUAGUAUUUGAUACAGUAUAGAUUUACCACUUUGUUCAUAUUAUAUUGGUGUAUGUGAGGUACACUUUUGGGUGUUUUGGCACUGCUUUCUGGUCUUUGUUUGGGAUAUUAUAUAGUACUUCUCUCUUUUUUUCCCUAUAGAAAGAAUAUGUCUCCACUUACAACCACCUGUUAAAUUAAUCUCCAUCAUAUACGCUGAAAGUUCGAACCAAACAAGUAAAAGUAUAGGAACGAGCACUAAAUCGCCCACCUAGCGAAAAUCAAUGGCAAAAAAUGUCCCAUGUAGAGUUUGCCAGAAAGAUCUUGUACAGAUGGUAUCUAGUACCCACAUGAUUAAAACACAGCAACCUAGGCUGGUUGGAUAACUGGCGCUGUAUGUCCGAACCAGGAACAAUGCUCCAUAUUUGGUGGCCCUGUUCUCACUUAACAACAUUCUGGACUGAAGUAGAACAGCUCAUACAUAGAAACAUAGCAUGUGACAGCAGAUAAGAACCAUUCGGCCCAUCUAGUCUGCCCAAUUUUCUAAAUACAUAAGUGAUCGUGGAUAGCAGUACUGAAACAACCAGAACUGUAUCUAUUCCACCUGUUCCCGAAGUGCCUCCCAAAAGACCAUAAAUACCUAACAACAAUAUGUAGAAUGUGACGAUCACCCAAAAUGCCAACUAUCAUACAAUGCAUCCAAACACUGGAUACAACGAGGCAAUGUGAAACAUAGGCAAGAAAGAAUUUACCCCCCCAAAACAUUUGUAACAGCAGCUUGGGCAUCAUGGGAGUACUACCUCUCACUAAACUCCCACACCAUCAUAUGGUCAGUACACUCCCAGUAACAAUGAUGCAAUUAUCCCCCACAGCAACAGCUAAAGAGUAAACACAUUUACUGCCACCUCCUGCACUUGAGCUCAUUUAUAUAGAACCCUAUUGAUCCUGGGAAAGUAUCUAAAUAUGUCUGAGACAGAGACUAUGAUUCCAACAGCUGUGGUCAUACAGAUGACUAUGAUGUGAAACAGCAUGGGUAACCAUUUAUUCGGUAGGCGUCACACUAGAUAUGUUGGGUAUCGUAGCUUGGAGACCAGAAUUCUGACCACAUGCUCCAUCAAAUAUAACACUAUGCUGAAGCAAAGAUUAGAUACACAUCACACUCGCACUCCUUAAAAGGCGUACAGGGGAGGUCUAAACUCCAAUUGAUACACCUGUUUAAAAUCUGAUAAAACAGUUUCAAAUCGGAUAAAUUGUUAAAUGUCUGAGGGAACAGUUGAAGUGCUGGAUAACACUAGUGAUGGCAUGAUGGUUUGUCAGUCCACCCACCACCACAUAUCCCUUUUAACCGCUAUCUACUCCCCUACCCCCCCUCCCUUCCCCAAGUUCUACUGAAAUUACUCGGCAUUGCAAAAUAUAGUGUAAUGUACAUGAAUGCAUGUAAUGAUAACUGCUUUGUCAUGUUAACACAUGUAACUUAUACUGAUCACCAAUGUAACACAGUGCAAUGUGUUAUUUACCAUUGCACUGAAAAUUGCAAAUAAUUGUAUUUUUUUAAAUAGAAAAGAAAUCAAAUUUGCUUUCAAUUUAUCAUGAAUUCUCACUUUAGUAAAUAAUCCUGUAUGUUUCAAAAUCAUUGUCCUAAUAAAAAUGUUAAAUUGUCUUCGUUAAUCAUAAAAAGAGAAAACACGUAGUAGCUACUAAGAGAAAUGUGUUGCAACUUUAUUAUAACUGCAUCAGUAAAAUAUUUUAAUAAUUAAAAAAUGCAAUAUACUAACAAAUUAAAUACUAAAUAAUUAAUAACAUGUCUGACUUAAAACUUUGCAAUUCUCAUUUUAAUCAAGUAUUCCAGCUGUUUGAAGACUCCCUUGUGAUGAGAAUCAUGAUAACGCAUGUUCUGUAUCAAUUGAUCAAGGCACAUUAACAGAAGGGAAAGUGGAGGUUUAUUUAACCCCUUAAGGACACAUGACAUGUGUGACAGGUCAUGAUUCCAUUUUAUUCCAGAUGUUUGGCCCUUAAGGGGUUAAUGGAUUUCAAAUUCCUAGUCACGCUUUUCCAUUGACAAUAGGAACAUAGUAAAAUCUCAAUGAAUUCUGUUCUAUCCCACUUGUAUUGAACAAUGUAGAGGUUCUAAGUGUAAACCUAAGACUUAAGAAAAAUUCUAUUAUAGGAAACAAAAAUAAAUAUGCAAUUGAUAACCCUACCUUUCUGAUUUUCUCAGGCUGUGGAAAGCCUGCAAUUACCCCUGUGGUAACGGGCUAUGCCAGAAUUGUGAAUGGAGAGGAAGCUGUUCCAGGUUCCUGGCCUUGGCAAGUCUCCCUUCAGGUAAUGAGACAUCUCUGUUGUAUUCUGGACAUACUUUAUAUUUAAAGGCCAAUAGAGACUUCAUAUGAGAGUUACUAUGUUGGGUGAGAGGAAGUAACACCUUCCCUAACACAAUAACAUUAUAUCAUUAUGCAUAUGUUAUGGUCAAUAUCAGGCAAACUGCAAUACUAUAUAUCAUAUUUAUCCUAAAACAAAACACGUUUUCACUAUCUUAUGUAAAUCAGUGUUCAGUGGAAUAAUACAAACAAACAGACAACCAAUAGUGCUGCACUGUCUGCCUAUAUUAUAGUACACUGAUACACCCCAUUUGCUAUCAAUCAACAACCUUUCCAUGUUACUUCCUGGUUUGGUUAGCAAAUUGAAGCUAAACUCAAGAGGCAGGUAAUUAAUUGCCCAGAGAACCUGCCUUGGAAAGAUUUCUCAUUAGAAUUUAUUGGCAAGCCUGAAAUUGGACAGCCAUAUAAGUUAUGUACUGUGCUUAAAAAGCAGCACUUCCAGAAGCUUUAGACAAAACAUUUGCAGCAAUACAUGCAUGUUGUCAUUGGGGAAUAUCUACUAAAUUGUUUUUAAAAAAAUACAUAAUUUUUCCCUUUAAUGUUUGUAAUCUUGGCUAAAAUCAAAUGCCCAAACUCCAAUGUAAGGCAACCAAUUUAUUUAAUUUCUAGUAUGCAUCUAUGGACCUUUUAUGCUUUAAUAUUUUUUGCCCACCAGCCUAUAUGUGCGUCUGUGUUUUACUUUUUGAAAAACAGAUGUAAAUGAGCAUCAUUUUGGGAACUGGAUCCCCAUUUUCCCAUAGUAUCCAACGUAAUAGUUGCAUAUAGUACCACUUUAUUUAAGCGGCUUGGACACUUUUUACUGUCAUUAGUUAAAGGCAUACUAUAUUCACAAAAACAACUUUUGCUUAAUGGAGCAGUUUUGGUGUACUGCACCUGCAGUCUCACUGCUCAAUUCUCUGCAAUCUCACGGUCAAUUAGUGACUCAAGGACAUCAUGUAGGUCCACUAGGUUCUAGUCUUACGUCCUGAGUAUUGAACUGAAAAAAUGCAUACCAACAAUUUUGCUGAGGUAAUGAUUGAAUUAUUUGUUAGGAGGGGCAUAGCAUAUUAGCUUUGCGUAAGGCCUUUAGACUUAGAGUUGCCUUUAAUUUUGUUAAUGUAUCCAUCUUGUCUUACAGGAUAGAACUGGGUGGCAUUUUUGUGGAGCAUCACUCAUCAGUGAAAACUGGGUUGUAACAGCUGCUCACUGUGGCGUGGCGUAUGUUAUAUAAUUUGUGUACCACUUAUAUUUUAAAACUAAUACAAAUCAUUUGUUUCUCAUUAUCUAUCCCUCCAUCCUAAAUGUAUUUUGAAGCAGUCUUUAAAUGGAUAUGAAUGUUAAUGGUAAAUCCAAUUAUCCCAUUUGUAAUAUAAAAUGUUUAACAAUAAUAACUAUGUGGUCACAGCAAAACCAUCAAAGCAAAAAGACAACAUUGUUACAAUGAUGUUUGUUAAAGUGAACCUGUCAUGAGAAAAACAACUUAACUUAAGGUGAUCCCAUGCACAUUUAAUACACCAUAAAUCAUAAAGAUACAUAGUCUAAUCAAAGUAAAAUACAAAGAUUUACUCACUUUUCAUUCAUUUCAUCACCGGUUCAUGGGUUCUGCGCUUUGUGUAACAUCCAUCAAUGGAAUGCCUUUCACUCUUCUUUAAGUCUUCUUGCUUUGUCCUGCUUGGGAUGCAUCCCAGUUUCAUAGGUGACGUAGGCCCAAUGGCUUUGUUGCCAGUGUGCCGGUGCCAGCUAGGGAGUUUGCAAGUCAAUCACAGUACAUGCACUGUGGUUCCUAUGGGAUUAGAGCAGAGGGACCUCAUGUUGGAGGUCUUCUCUGAUCUCCUUCAUCAGUCAAAUUAGGUUUUUCUCCUAAUUUAUACAUUUGCUAGCAGAAGUAUGCUCAAUCUAAAAAGUAUAAGUUGUUUGGGUCAUGACAGGUUCCCCUUUAUGAUGUGUAUCCAUUUAUAUUAUGUAUAAAUUGCAAUUAGCAUCUUCAAAUUGAUACAUUACAUUGUUAUACUAUUGUCUACAGGGCUUCUGACAAGGUAGUGCUUGGAGAACAUGACAGAGGCUCAAGUGCUGAACAAAUUCAGUCUCUUGCUAUUAGCAAGGUGAGUUUAAUCUAACUCAUUCAAACUACUCUCAACACAUUUGCCACAUAUGCGCAGUUGAGUUAUUCAUUUGAAAUAAGAGCACAUAAAGGCGUUUGCACAGUUUCAACCUUAAAGGACCACUAUAGUGCCAGGAAAACAACCCCCCCCCCACCCUCUGGGCCCCGCUCCCACUUCAGCCACUUACCUUUCUCCAGCACAGGGCUCCCUCGGCGCUCAGGAACUCUCCACCUCCUGCCAACGUCAGCGCAGAAUACCCAUGCGCGGCAAGAGCAGCGCAUGCAUUCAAACCGACCAUAAGCAAGCAUUUCCCAAUGCUUUCCUAUGGACGUCCAGCGUCUUAUCACUGUGAUUUUCACAGUGAGAAGUGCGGAAGCACCUCUAGCGGCUGUCAGUGAGACAGCCACUAGACGCUGGAUUAACCCUCAGUGAAACAUAGCAUAGAGGGACGUGGCACCCGGGCCACUUCAUUAAGCUGAAGUGGUCUGGGUGCCUGUAGUGGUCCUUUAAAUAGAAUCUUAUUUCCUAGAUUUAAAAUAAGGAAUGGCCUUCAUAGAGAUUUAUAGUGUACAGCAGUGGUUCCCAAACCAGUCCUCAAGUACCCCCUAACAGUCCAAGAUUUAGGGAUUACCUAGUUGUGUCUAAGGUAUUUUUAGAAAUGAGAAAAAAAAACACACAACAGGGUAAUCCCUAAAUCCUGGACUUGUAAGGGGUACUUGAGGACUGGGUUGGGAACCCCAGGAGUAUCGCUCAUUUAAAAUGUUUAUGAUCACCUUUAAAAGUAGAAUAUCUAUUUAUCUACAUCAAUCUCCUUAAAAUUGUUCACCUUGACUACAAUGCCACCAAGCCAUGUAUUGGGUAAAUUGUUGACUGGGGCCUUUAAUAUCAGUGUAGCAACACAAGUGUACAUGUACUAUCCUGUGUGAGAUUGGUUGGAGUUACAUUCCUAUGCAGCUGUCGCCCCUUAUCCCUUACUCAUAUACUGGACAAGGACUAUAGAGAUGGUGAGAGAGGUUUAAUGUAUCUCUCUUCAAAAGCCAUCUCUAGGCAUAUAGGUAAGAGGCCUAUCUAAAAUUUUAUGUUAUCUAGGGCACUGGGCAUAUAUUAGUGUCACUAUUUUAAGGCAUCUAUAUUCAACACAAAAAAACAUAUUGCGACAUAAUUUGCAAAGUCUAUAUGACUACUUUUAUACUUUCUUUUAUACCAUUAUAUUUGAUUUUUAUUUGUUUUAUUGGAUAUUUUAUUCUUAUCUGCAUAAAUUAUGGUAUACUCUAACUUCUAUUAGGCACAACCUUGUUCUCUUUUUUUCUUUUUCUUUUUUUUAUUGCAAACAGUGGGAACUAUAGGAAGGAUUAAUUGUGCCUAAAGCCAAUUUGCUAUAAAAAAAGAAAAUCCAGCACACUCCCUUAUGAUCAUACAUUGCAUAAACCUGCCACAACAUUUCAUGAGCUACUUAGGGAAAAAAUUCCAUUUGGAGUUUUAUGCAGUACAAGGCUAAACAGGGCCCUGGGAUGAGGCACCUGUGACAGGGAGGGGUGCAAAACCAAGGAGUUUAUUUUAGCCUUGUACUGCAGAGAACUCCAGAUGGAAUUUUCCCCCCAAGUAAGUAGCUCAUGAAACAGACAUUAGGCUGUUAGAGUAGGACCUGCCAAAGAUGGGGUACAUUGAUGUUGUGGCAGGCUUAUGCAAUGUAUGAUCAUAUAAUGUAACUAAACUCACAUUAUUUUAUGCCUAGAAAAACAAAAUCUGUCAGCACCAAAGUUGCUGUUUAGUGGAUAAGGGAGUGCGCUGGAUUUUCUUUUUUAUUGUAUAAAUUGGCUCCCAGCAGCACCCUAUUUGAGCAUGUUCAGGUGAGAGCAGCCAGCUCCCUGUUUUCUCAUAUAAAGCCAAUAUGCUGUUACAGUUACAUAGUAAUAAAUGAUUAACAAAGUAUCAAAUAUGUAGAUUCAAACUACAGUGCUAGAAAUAUGUUUGUAUUCCCAAUGCUAUAAUUUUUCCUUUAACUAUUACAUGAUUGAAUAUCAAUUUUUUUCCUCAUUAAUAAACUGUAUUGUUUUGCAUAGUCAAAUCUAUACAGUUUUUGCAUAAAAAAAAUAUUGUGCAGAAUUUAUCACCAUAAGCAUGUCUACUUAGCCAUGCAUUCUCACUCCACAAAAAAAAAUAAAUACAAAAAAUAGUUUCCUUAUCAAAGUAUGUACAUAGUAAAAAAACAAAAACAAAACAGAUGUCUAAUUGCUGAUAAAAGAGGACAGGAACACCCAGCUGCUUAACCCCUUAAGGACACAUGACAUGUGUGACAUGUCAUGACUCCCUUUUAUUCAAGAGGUUUGGUCCUUAAGGGGUUAAAUUUAGUGUUCUCUGCCUGGUGUUGCAAGGUGAUAGAGAGGGAGAUAUACUUCCUUCAAACACUUUCUGUGCUGUCAUUUUCUUCUCUUCAUCGUCUUGCAGUUAAAGGUACGAGGAGCCAUUUCUUGUUUGUACUCUUGUGAUUACUCAAGUACACAAACCAGGGGGUCUAAAUUGUAUUGCAAUAGAGAAUUUUCACAGAUGGAUCAGCACUGAAUAAGGUAAGGGUUCCCUCUUGAUACCCCACUGUUUGCAAUAAAAAAGAAUAAAAAAGAGAACAAGGUUGUGCCUAAUAGAAGUUAGAGUAUACCAGAAUUUAUGCAGAUAACAAGAAUAAAAUAUCCAAUAAAUCAAAUAUAAUGGUAUAAAAGAAAGGAUAAAAGUCUUGAAGGGAACAGCCAAACUGGAUAAAAUAAAAAGUUCUUGGGGGGUGAGUUCUUGUGAUUCCAGAAGUACAUGUAAAACAGGAAAGAGAAGGCUCCAAUGGUACAGUAUAUAGUGAUAUAUAUAUUCAAUAUUUUGUGGGUUAUAUUCUACUCACAUUUACCAGAGCUAUGUCCAGCUUUGGUGUGUAUAGCAUGAAGUGGAAUGAUCCCCACCUCUAGGAUAUAUGUGGUAGGUGGUUUCUUCACAUUUUUCAAUAAUAGUGGUUCCGGACGGGAAAGUAAAGAAAUGGCAUAUAUGUAAUUCUACAGUAAGCACUAUAUUUUUUCUUUACUUUUCCUGUAAAAUAUUUGUUCCAGACCGAGCAACAACUAUGGGAUACAGUCCAGUCAAAUCAUCUUAUAAUGCUGUUUUAAUUAUUUGACUAUUAACAGAUAUAUGCAGUUGAUACACUUGUGCUAAAUAGUUUAUUCAUUAUUUUUUAACUAAGUAGAUUUUAAUACUAAUUUCUUUUCUAAUUUAUGUAGAUAUGUUUUAGUAAAAAUGUACUUUUUUUUUUUUUUUAAGGUUUUUACUCACCCACAAUGGGAUUCCAAUACAAUCACCAAUGAUAUUGCUCUGAUUAAACUAGCAACACCAGCUGUCCUAGGGAACACUGUUAAUCCAGUUUGCCUGGGUGGUAGUCAAUAUCAAGAAGGUGGCAGACUGUGUGUUACCAGUGGAUGGGGAAAGACUAGAUACAAUGGUAAGAAAAAUGUCUAAGCACUAAAAUACAUUUAAUCUAAAUUAACUUAUGAUGCCAGGAGACCACCGGGCACUUUCUUUCUUUAAGAGGUUUUAUCCAUUCGCAAACAAUGUAAUCCCAAAUACUGCCUCCAGCAUUGGAUCUUAAAGUCCCCCAGUGGCAUCCGGCUUUUGAAACAGAGGUAUAGGAAGUGCGCAAUGCUGCCAGACGGGAGCACUGUUGAUUGGCUAGAAUGCUCAACUUCUGCUCUAAGCCAAUCAGUAGCGCCCUUUCCCAGUUGCAUUCUGCACUUCCUGUAACUUGGGAUUAAUCUGCUUGAGAUGCUUUAAGAGAGCAUCCGUGGUCCUCCUGGCACCAAAACAUUAUAUAUACUAUAUAGUAUGAAGAUGGACAAAAGUGCACCUCUAAUAUAGAGCCCAGCACAGCUGCUGUAGCCCAUGUCAAGGUUUCUCAAUGAUCCAAUACUCUCAUAGUAUCCAACUCCAUUUCUAAGGUUGUCUUUGUACAUUCUUCUACACAGAUGCAUAUGUCAAUCAGUUAAUAUAAUGGGAGCAGUGUGAUGUUGCCUGACGUGUCAAGACCUAGCCUAAUAUAUGAACCAUGAAAUUGGCUGUUUUCCACCUCUCCAACAUAUAAGCCCAACACCUAAUGCAAGUGGAAUGCAAGACACAUGGGCAAUUAAUACAGUAGCAAUGUUUACUUAGCAGAUAUUGACAACAAAUGUCCUACAGGAGAGGCACCAAGAUGCCUGGACUAAUAAUGACUCUAGCUCAGAGACAACGGGACUCUCAUAUGAUAGUGUCCAAUGCAUAUCAUUGGACUUCCUACGCCAACAAAUGGGAGUGAACUAAGCAUACCUGUGGACAGCUCCCUCUUGAUCUAACUUCAGUGUGAAUUGUAAAACUUCUGUAAAUGAAGGGACUUGGCAACACUUGAUUAAAAUGUUCCUGACAUUUGGCUUAUAUGACUUGCAAAGUUUGAGCCAGAACUUCGUAGGUGGGAAAAGAAUUGUCGUGGUCACAUUAGCUAAAAUAGUCUAUAAUAGUGGUUAUAAAGAAAAAAUAACCCUGCUUUUUAACUGUUUUGAGUUAUUCACUAAAUUGGCCCAUAGGGUAAGAGAAGGGGUAAUAGUAAGUUCAUCAUCGGUAACAGUUUAUUUGUUUCAAUUUGGCAAUAGUGUAUAGACAAAAAAAAGAUUAAUACUGCACACUUAUUAAAAUCCUAGUGGGAUCGAAACAUGCACUCUGUUCCAAUAAACCUGCUGAAUUGAUCCUUGAGUGCCUGGACUACAAUUUUUUUUAAAUUAAACUUAAGACUACAUGUUUCUUUAUAGCAUUCUUAACUCCCAACAAGCUCCAACAGACUGCUCUUCCUCUUCUGAACAAUGAACAGUGUGCCAGUGACUACUGGGGUGACUACAUCGCUGAUGUUAUGAUCUGCGCUGGUGCUGCUGGAUCUUCUUCCUGCAUGGUUUGUAUUUAUUUCUCCUUAUUGUGUGUAUGUAUAUAUAUAUUAGUUGAGGUAGGGUGGGGAAGGUAUAAAAAAAUUCAGAUUAAGUGUUAUACUUUAUCUUGCAACUCUUAAUAAGAUCCUGAAAUAAUAUUAUUGUCAUUGUAUCUACUUUUAAUGUCACUAAAUGUAAAUGGCAUAUAUCCUGCUUAUAGGAAAAUGCUGACUUUUUAGAAAAAUGGAUUCCUAAACUGCCAUCAAAAUAUAAAUACAAGGCCCAAAUCUAGUAAAUUCACUUGGCUAGCUAUAAAAUAUGUAUUUGCAUUAUAUAAGGCACUGCAGGCAACUAUUUUUUCCUCCCUACUCCCCAGUCUCUGGUUGCUAAAACAUAGCAGAGUACUUUGGUUGGGUGUACAGACCUUUGUUGCAUCUCUGCAUUGUGUACACUUAUCUAAAAUGAAGUGGAGCUUUGGUUUUUUUUGUUUGUUUUUUUGCAUUGCUUUGUGACAGUAAAUAAUGGAUUGAUGUCUGCUAUGACCCUCCAAUAGACCUAAAUGAACCAGCAUAAGUGCAAUUUUAAAGAAGUGCCUCAUGAUUGAUAUUUGCUAGUUAGGGCUGGUUCAUAGUGGUUAGAGAUUACUAGAUUCUCCCAUUAAUAAAUUUAAUUUCAUCCCUGUAAGCUACAGAGUUCAAUACUAAAUGGAGGCCUCUACUGGAAAUAGAAAAUUUCACAAUUUUGUUAUUUAUAUUUUCUCUUUUUUUUUUUUUUUAAACCUACACAGGGUGAUUCUGGUGGACCUCUUGUGUGCCAAGAGAAUGGUUCCUGGACUCUUGUUGGUAUUGUAUCCUGGGGAAGCAGUACAUGUUCAACAUCCUAUCCAGGAGUGUAUGCCCGUGUGUCCAAACUUCGAAACUGGGUUGAUGAAAUCCUUGCUGCAAACUAAAACCUGCACACCAAAUAAAAAAUAGUCAAUAAAGCCCCUUGAUUAUGUUACAUUUAUUAUUUGUUUUUUCACCUAACAACAAACAUUUAUAGUGUAAUUUUGUGUCAUUGUUGAAUUUUAUGGUUUAAUACACAAGGAAGGACUUUCCAUUAGGGAGAUUAGUUACAGUUAUAAGCACCAGUUGUCUAGCUACAUUAAAAGUUAUUUACUAAAGUGAGUUUUUUUUUUAUAUAUAUAAUUCUUUAUUUUUGUUGUGCAUGUGAAUUCAAAGAAGCUGACAUUGCCACAACAGCGUAUGUAAGCAAUCACUGUAAUAAACAAAAUGCAAUGCUAAUAUAAAUUUCACUGAAUCUGCACAUUUUUAAAAUAUUA